GCCAGCCAGCCAUGGCAAGCUCUCCGCCGCACCUCGUCGUCUUCCUCAGCUGAUGGACACCCUCUUCGUGCUCGGCCAGGAGUCCCGGCUGCGCAUCCUCCAGCGGGCGGCGGCUCGCGUCCCCGGCUGCGCGUACCUCUGCGCCUGGGCGGCCCUCCCUGCGGCCCAGCCGGCGGCGGCUUCGUCUUCCUCAGCUGCCACCAGCGCCCGCCGCCUGUUGUGCUGCCUGAACGCAUGGUUCUGCGACGGCGGAGCCAACUGCCGCGGUGACGCCGGCCGCGUGCGCGCGCUCUUCGACGCGUACCGGGGGUCGCUCUGCGCCGCCGUGAGCGGGUGUGUGCCAGGGUGGGCGUACAAGGACGGCCGCGCGUUCAUGGAGCUGCCGGCGCACGACCUGGCGUCCUCGGCGUCGCUGCCGGCGCAGCAGCAGUUCUACCAGGAAGCUGGCAUUAAGAUGGCGGCGUUCAUGGGAUGCGAGAGCGGCGAGAUCGAGGUCGGCAUGUCCACGGCGGCAAGCGGGUCGCCCAUGAGCUUGGAGUCGAGCUUGCAGCAGGUGUUCUCGGAGGACUUCUUCCAGCAAUCGCUGCUCGAGGAGCUACUCCAGCUGCCGCCGACGGGGCCGUCGUCGCCCUCGUCCUCGCUGCCGUCCGUCUCCGUGGGCAGCCCGGUGGCGGAGGGCUCCACGUCGCUGCUCCGCACGAUGGCCGUGACGCCGGCCGCCACGCCGUCCUCCAGGUCAGAGCGGCAGGUGCCAGUGCCGCCGCAUCCGCUCUACCCGCGCCCGCCGCUCGCGGCCCCAUUCAGCCGGCACGGCCGCGUCCACUUUCCGAGCCCCGACGCCGACGACGCCGCGAUGGCGGAGGCCAUGCUCGCCGUCAUCUCCGCCUCGUCGUCCUCGGCGCUGCCGACGCCGUCCACGUCGACGGCGGCGUCCCCUCCGGGCAACCACCACCACAGCGCGCGCCGGUGGCCGCGGCGGCGGGGCACGACGACGACGGCGUUCCGGGCGUACAACGCGGCGCUGGCGCCCAGGGCGCCGUGGCGGCCGCCGGGCGCGCCCGGGCAGCGGAUGAUCAAGAUGGGCAUCUCCAUCCUGCGGAGGAUGCACAUGCUUCGGUUCAACCGGGAGCGCAGUGGCGGCACCGCGAUGGCGCAGCGGGUACCGGAAGAAGAGGAGGAUCCGCCGCCGGCGCCGACGAGCAGCCAGCUGAACCAUAUGAUAUCGGAGCGGCGGCGGCGGGAGAGGCUCAACGAGAGCUUCGAGGCGCUCAGGGGGUUGCUGCCUCCAGGAUCAAAGAAAGACAAGGCCACCGUCCUCGCCAAGACGCUGGACUACAUGAACAUUCUGGUAGCCCAGAUCGCCGACCUCGAGGCGAGGAACCGGAGCCUGGAGAGCCGAGCUCACCAGCACUCCAAUGGCGGUGGCGGCUGGAAGGAGAGGCCCUACUCGUCGCCGGAGCAGCAAGAAGUAGUGGUGCUCCAGGGGCUGAGCGGCGCGUCGGAGAGGGUGCAAGUCCACGUGACCGCCGCCGCCGCCGCCGGUAGCGCCUCGACACCGUCGUCGUCGUCGUCGUCGUCAGCGGCGGCCCGGGAGGUGACCGUGCGGGUGGAGGCGCGGGCGGCGCACGGCGACGUGGCCGAGCUGGUGGCGCGCGCGCUGGCCGUGAUCAGGGAGAUGGGGUGCUUCACGGUGGCGGCCGUCGACGGCGGCAGGCGACCCAGCGAUGGCGUUGCUCACGCCACCUUUACGCUGCGAGCAACGGCGGGCGAAUUCGACGAGGCGUCGCUGAGGGAGGCCGUGAUGAAGGCUGCCGAGGAUUCGGCGGCACCGCCGCCGUCGGACGACUCGUAGACGACGACGACGACGACGACGACGACGACGACGACGACGCAGGCAGUAGGACUGGACGUCGUCGCCUGCUUUGACCGGAGACGGACGGAGACCCCCGAGAGCCGAGAGCAUGGUGGCCGCCAGGAGCUAGCCCGGCUCCAAAUCUCAAGCCCAAAGAGCAGAUACGGGACAUGGCAAUGACAUUUUCGUUUCUGCCUACGUCACGAGAUCAUUACCUUCUUACUUUUGAAUCCUGCCCGGACGAUCCUUUCUCCCAAGCGAUAUGGAGGAGUUAAUCCCCUCAAAAAUGCAAGUUCUUUCUUUGGUUACUGCACAAGCAAAGACUAAGCACGAAUUCAAGGCUGCUCUACUGCAACAUGCACUCAACAGGGCAAUGUCCCUUUCUGCACCUCUGAAGAAGUUUGCUUCCACCUAUUCAUCUCAUGUCCCCGUAGUGCUAGCUUCUGGACUUUCAUGGGCUUAAGUCUGAAUUCACUGCAGAAUUCUAUAGGGAUUGAGCAACUCUGGACAGUGAACCCUCUAAUGGAAAGAUGCUCUAGAAUCAAAAGCACAGUCCUCACUUGCAUUCUUUGGAACAUUAGGAAAUGCAGGAAUGCAAAGGUUUUUAGGCAUGAAGAUGAAACAAAUCUGAUGAUCUCGCGACGAUGUAGGGAUGAUCUCAUUCUGUGGUCGAACAGAUGCUCCUCUCCCUCUGAUAGGGCAAAGCUUGUUGGAUGGAGUAAACUUUUUCUAAUGUAACAUAGGUCUAGCUGUUUUACUCUUGUUUCUUCCCUCUG